GACGGUUUUUUGUUUACGUCUCGUCAGGGUGCCGGAAAACUGGAAACAGAUCCACCGUCGUCGGCUCACCAUCAUGUGUUGAAUAUUGUAAUAGCUUUCCCUUUUUUCAGUUUUUGCAUUCGAUCACACCUACACCAACCGAUUGAGGCGCACCGAUCCGCACUGACUCACUAGCACAUUCGUCUCCGGAAACAUCACAUCCACGCUUCCCGUAGCUUGUGUGUAGCGAACCAAAAGAAAAAAAAGUACCAAAACAGCUUCCUUCUCCGGCUGCAUGUCAUCAGUCGGUGCAAGUGUACGGGCAAUUUAAUUAGUGCUUCACAUCAACGGCAGUUUCGAACGACGCAUGCUGGCGCGUUGGCGUAGCGUUAAUUAGAUUAAUGCGCGUUCAUUUUGGACCGGUGGAUUGGUGGUAAUUAUGUAAGUCCGCUGCUGGUACGGUUCACGCCGUUUGGCCCGUCUUAAGCGAAGCGGCAUCACAACAGGCACACUCCGGUCACCCAUCACCUCUCCCGGUUGCGUUCGCGAUGCUGCCCCGGAUCUGUGUGAAAUUUAAGCUCAAGUAUGUGCUGGCGGCAUUGGUCGGCCUGUACCUGCUGCAGUUCUUCGGUGCCUUCACACACUUUUUCGAGAAGGAUUUCGAGUCGACGUUCGACUACCCGCUGAACGGGGACAUCCUGUCGGACGUGUACCAGCUGCGGCAUGGCCAGCAGCCCGCCCGGCCACCGAUCAACCGGUACAACUACACCUACAUCACGGACUGCGAGCACAAGUGCAAGGAGGACGAUCGGUUGAUCGCGCCCCGGCUAGUGUUCGUCGUCAAAUCGGCCAUCGAGCACUUCGACCGGCGGGCAACGAUCCGCAAAACGUGGGGCUACGAGCGCCGCUUCUCGGACGUCAAGAUACGCACCGUGUUUGUGCUCGGCCGGUCGCGCGUGCACCCGAACCGGCGGCUCCAGUCGCUCGUGGACCUCGAGAGCAGCACGUACCGGGACAUCGUGCAGGCGGAUUUUGUGGACGAUUACUUUAACAACACGAUCAAAACGAUGACCGGCUUCCGGUGGGCGGUCAGCUACUGUCCGCGGGCCAAGUUUUACAUGUUUGCGGACGACGAUUUCUACGUGUCGGCCAAGAAUCUGCUGCGGUACGUCCGCAACCCGGUCAACUAUCCGGAGUAUCUGGAGGAAACGGACGAAGCGCUCCGGAAGCUGGCCCGCCGGCUGGCCCACACGGCGGACAGCAAUCGGACGGCCGCCGCAGAGGAGGAGCGGCCAGCUGCACAGCAGAACCGCACCCGCACUCGCACCAAGCGGCAGCUCAUGACGGAGAUGGAACUGCCGCCGAACGUGAAGCUGUUUUCCGGGUUUGUGUUUCGUUCGGCGCCGCACCGCCACCGGAGCAGCAAGUGGUACGUAUCGCUCGAGGAAUACCCGUGGGACAUGUGGCCGACGUACGUGACGGCCGGUGCGUUCCUGCUCUCCCACGAGGCACUGUUCGAGAUGUACUACGUCAGCAUGUACACGAAACAUUUUCGUUUCGAUGACAUCUUUUUAGGAAUUGUUGCAAUGAAGGCCGGAAUUGAGCCGCUCCACUCGGAAGAAUUCUACUUUCACAAGGCGCCCUACCUGGGCCCGCAAAGCUACAAGUACGUGCUGGCGACGCACGGCUACGACGAACCAACCGAACUGACCAAAGUGUGGAACGAAAUACGAGCUUCCGGUUACGCCUAGGCGCGAUUGGCGUCGAUGCGAACGCACACGCAACGCGACACCCGGGUGCGCGAAUGUAUCAAAGCAGGCGCAGUAGCACACGCAUAGGAAAGCGAACGCACCAACUCCGGAUGUAGCGCGAGUGAUUCGACUUAAUACGUACGCAGUAGUGAACCGUUACACCAGAGUUACACCGUUCCUAGUGUAGGUUAGUGUGUGUUUUUCCACUUUUACUACCCUUCCCACCUUACGACGAAACCAAUAGAAAAUAGAGUGAUAGGAAUCCAAACGGCAAACGAUACCGUGUGAGCGGUGCUGAGAAGCCUGCCUCCUCUUACAGCAUCCAAUUAAACCAAACUUUUGAUAGAGUGACACACACCAGUGAACCGUUUUUGUCAACCGUAGCCCGUUUAGAGGAAUCGUUUUUACGUAGCGUGUUCAGCAAGCCCCCGGGAGCAGGGUAAUUUCCUCACACACAGUGAUUAGACAACGAAAACUUGUAACGUAGGACCGUCGUUUUUUCUCCAUCGAUGAGUGUAACUAGCUAGAGCGGGUAGUAAGUGAGUGUGUGAUUCGAUCGAUUACCGUUUUCGUUUUAACCGCCAGCAGGCAGGAGAACUUUUGCUCGUAUUUAUCUUUCUCCAUACCCAACAAUUGUGAUAGCAUCAAAUGAGAAAAUCCUUAAUAAAAACACAAAC